CUGGGGAGGGUGUCGUCCCCUGGAUCGCCAAGUGCGAGGGGUCCGAGCGGCGGGCGCCGGCGCGCCGUGACCCGCCAUGGCUCAAGCGGCCAAACAGCUGAAGAAAAUCAAAGACAUCGAGGCGCAGGCCCUUCAGGAGCAGAAGGAGAAGGAAGAAUCCAACAGGAAGCGGAGAAACCGCUCCCGUGACCGAAAGAAGAAGGCUGAUGCUGCUACCAGCUUUCUGCGGGCAGCAAGAUCAGGUAACUUGGACAAAGCUUUGGAUCACCUGCGGAAUGGGGUAGACAUUAACACCUGUAACCAGAAUGGGUUGAACGGCUUGCAUCUGGCCUCUAAGGAGGGCCAUGUGAAGAUGGUGGUUGAACUUCUGCACAAAGAAAUCAUUCUAGAAACGACAACCAAGAAGGGGAACACGGCUCUGCACAUUGCCGCCCUGGCCGGGCAGGACGCGGUGGUCCGGGAGCUGGUCAACUACGGUGCCAACGUGAACGCACAGUCCCAGAAAGGCUUCACCCCCCUGUACAUGGCAGCACAAGAGAAUCACUUGGAAGUGGUUAAGUUUUUACUGGAAAAUGGAGCUAACCAGAAUGUAGCCACAGAAGAUGGCUUCACGCCGCUUGCCGUGGCUCUGCAGCAGGGCCACGAGAAUGUGGUGGCACACCUCAUCAACUACGGGACAAAGGGCAAGGUGCGGCUCCCCGCCCUGCACAUUGCUGCCCGUAAUGACGACACGCGGACGGCCGCCGUGCUUCUGCAGAACGACCCCAACCCCGACGUGCUUUCCAAGACGGGAUUCACCCCACUCCACAUCGCAGCUCACUACGAGAACCUCAGCGUGGCCCAGCUGCUCCUCAACAGGGGGGCCAGUGUCAACUUCACGCCACAGAAUGGCAUCACACCACUGCACAUUGCCUCCCGCAGGGGGAACGUGAUCAUGGUGCGGCUCCUGCUGGACCGGGGGGCCCAGAUAGAAACGAGGACCAAGGAUGAAUUGACACCACUCCACUGUGCAGCUCGGAAUGGGCACGUGCGAAUCUCGGAGAUCUUGCUAGACCACGGGGCACCCAUCCAAGCCAAGACCAAGAAUGGCCUGUCCCCAAUCCACAUGGCGGCUCAGGGAGACCACCUCGACUGUGUCCGGCUCCUCUUGCAAUACGACGCGGAGAUCGAUGACAUCACCCUUGACCAUCUGACCCCACUUCAUGUGGCUGCCCACUGUGGCCACCACCGGGUGGCCAAAGUCCUUUUGGAUAAAGGGGCCAAACCCAACUCCAGAGCCCUGAACGGCUUUACCCCCUUGCACAUCGCCUGCAAGAAGAACCACAUCCGGGUCAUGGAGCUCCUGCUGAAGACGGGCGCCUCCAUCGACGCGGUCACCGAGUCCGGCCUGACGCCGCUGCACGUGGCCGCCUUCAUGGGGCACCUGCCCAUCGUGAAGACCCUGCUGCAGCGGGGGGCGUCGCCCAACGUCUCCAACGUGAAAGUGGAGACCCCACUACACAUGGCAGCCAGAGCAGGGCACACGGAGGUGGCCAAAUAUUUACUCCAGAAUAAAGCCAAAGUCAACGCCAAGGCCAAGGAUGACCAGACCCCACUUCACUGUGCAGCUCGCAUCGGCCACACAAACAUGGUGAAGCUCCUUCUGGAAAACAACGCCAACCCCAACCUGGCCACCACUGCCGGGCACACGCCCCUGCACAUCACAGCCAGGGAGGGCCAUGUGGAAACAGCCCUGGCUCUUCUGGAAAAGGAAGCAUCCCAAGCCUGCAUGACCAAGAAAGGAUUUACCCCCCUCCACGUGGCAGCCAAGUACGGGAAGGUGCGGGUGGCAGAGCUGCUGCUAGAGCGGGACGCCCAUCCCAACGCUGCCGGGAAGAACGGCCUGACCCCCCUGCACGUGGCUGUUCACCACAACAACCUGGAUGUGGUCAAGCUUCUGCUGCCCCGGGGCAGCUCCCCACACAGCCCCGCCUGGAAUGGCUACACCCCUUUGCACAUCGCUGCCAAGCAGAACCAGAUGGAGGUGGCCCGUGGUCUGUUGCAGUACGGGGCUUCAGCGAAUGCUGAGUCGGUGCAGGGCGUGUCACCCCUGCACCUGGCUGCACAGGAGGGUCACGCGGAGAUGGUUGCUUUGCUCCUCUCGAAACAAGCCAAUGGCAACCUGGGGAACAAGAGUGGACUCACUCCCCUCCAUCUGGUAGCACAAGAAGGCCAUGUCCCUGUGGCAGAUCUGCUGGUCAAACACGGAGUGAAGGUGGAUGCCACCACCCGGAUGGGGUACACGCCCCUCCAUGUGGCCAGCCAUUACGGAAACAUCAAGCUGGUGAAGUUUCUGCUGCAGCACCAGGCAGAUGUCAAUGCCAAGACCAAGCUGAGGUACAGCCCUUUGCAUCAGGCAGCCCAGCAGGGACACACAGACAUCGUGACUCUGCUUCUAAAGAAUGGUGCUUCCCCAAACGAGGUCAGCUCGAACGGAACCACACCGCUGGCGAUUGCCAAGCGUCUGGGCUACAUUUCCGUUACAGACGUGCUCAAGGUUGUCACGGAUGAGACCAGCGUCGAGUUAGUCAGUGACAAGCAUCGGAUGAGCUUCCCUGAGACAGUAGACGAGAUCCUGGAUGUCUCCGAAGACGAAGGGACUGCUCAUGUUACUCUAAUGGGGGAAGAACUCGCUGGUGCUAAGGCUGAGAAGCAGGAUUCUAGGGAAGUCGAUGACGAGAAAGAGCUGUUGGAUUUUCUGCCCAAACUGGACCAAGUGGUGGAGUCUCCAGCCAUCCCCAGGAUCCCCUGCGUCACACCAGAGACAGUGGUGUUCAGAUCGGAAGAGCCCGAGCAGGCAUCCAAAGAGUAUGAUGAGGAUUCGCUUGUGCCCAGCAGCCCAGCCACAGAGACCUCUGACAACAUCAGCCCCGUGGCCAGCCCGGUGCACACAGGGUUUCUGGUGAGCUUCAUGGUCGAUGCCAGGGGAGGCUCCAUGAGAGGGAGUCGCCACAACGGCCUGCGGGUGGUGAUCCCACCGAGGACGUGUGCGGCCCCCACUCGCAUCACCUGCCGCCUGGUGAAGCCGCAGAAGCUGAGCACGCCGCCCCCCCUGGCUGAGGAGGAGGGCCUGGCCAGCAGGGUCAUCGCCCUGGGGCCCACAGGGGCUCAGUUUCUGAGCCCUGUGAUCGUGGAGAUCCCCCACUUUGCCUCCCACGGCCGGGGGGACCGUGAGCUCGUGGUUCUGAGGAGUGAAAACGGCUCCGUGUGGAAGGAGCACAAGAGCCGCUAUGGGGAGGACUUCCUGGAUCAGAUCCUCAAUGGCAUGGACGAAGAGCUGGGGAGCCUGGAGGAGCUGGAGAAGAAAAGGGUCUGCCGCAUCAUCACCACCGACUUCCCCCUGUACUUCGUGAUCAUGUCUCGGCUCUGCCAGGACUACGACACGGUCGGCCCUGAAGGGGGCUCUCUAAAGAGCAGGCUGGUGCCCCUGGUGCAGGCGACAUUCCCAGAAAACGCCGUCACUAAGAGGGUGAAGCUGGCUCUGCAGGCCCAGCCUGUCCCAGACGAGCUAGUCACCAAGCUCCUGGGCAACCAGGCCACCUUCAGCCCCAUUGUCACCGUGGAGCCCAGGCGCCGGAAGUUCCACCGCCCCAUUGGGCUCCGGAUCCCACUGCCUCCUUCGUGGACGGACAACCCGAGAGACAGUGGGGAGGGAGACGCCACCAGCCUGCGCCUGCUCUGCAGCGUCACUGGAGGAACAGACCAAGCCCAGUGGGAAGAUAUAACCGGAACCACCAAGCUCGUGUACGCCAACGAGUGUGCCAACUUCACCACCAACGUCUCCGCCAGGUUUUGGUUGUCGGACUGCCCCCGCACCGCCGAGGCUGUGAACUUUGCCACCCUGCUCUACAAAGAGCUCACCGCAGUGCCCUACAUGGCCAAGUUCGUCAUUUUUGCCAAGAUGAAUGACCCCCGAGAAGGGCGCCUGCGAUGUUACUGCAUGACAGACGACAAGGUGGACAAGACCCUCGAGCAGCACGAGAACUUUGUCGAGGUGGCCCGGAGCAGAGACAUAGAGGUGUUAGAAGGAAUGUCCCUGUUUGCAGAACUCUCUGGAAACCUGGUGCCUGUGAAGAAAGCCGCCCAGCAGCGGAACUUCCUCUUCCAGUCGUUCCGGGAGAACCGUCUGGCCAUCCCUGUGAAGGUGAGGGACAGCACUCGAGAGCCAGCAGGGUCCCUGUCCUUCCUGCGCAAGGCGAUGAAGUAUGAGGACACCCAGCACAUCCUCUGCCACCUCAAUAUCGCCAUGCCCCCCUGCACCAAGGGGAGCAUUGCUGACGACAGGAGGAGGACCCUGACACCCCUGGCCCUGAGAUACAGCGUCCUCAGCGAAUCCACACUGGGUUUUCUCAGUGGGACGGACCGGGCAGACAUGAAGAUGGCUAUUAUCUCAGAGCACCUCGGCCUCAGCUGGGCGGAGUUGGCCCGGGAGCUGCAGUUCAGCGUGGAAGACGUCAACAGAGUCCGAGUGGAAAACCCCAACUCCUUGCUGGAGCAGAGCGCAGCCUUGCUGAACCUCUGGGUCCUCCGUGAAGGCGAAGAUGCAAAGAUGGAGAACUUGUAUGCGGCCCUGCGGAACAUCGACCGGUCGGAGCUGGUGAGCAUGCUGGAGGGCACGGUCAGGCACAGCCGGAACCUGAAGCCAGACCGGCGGCACACGGACCGUGACUACUCGCUGUCACCGUCCCAGAUGAAUGGUUACUCCUCGCUGCAGGACGAGCUGCUGUCCCCUGCCUCACUGCGCUAUGCGCCCCCUUCCCCACUGCGUGCAGACCAGUACUGGAACGAGGUGGCCGUCAUAGACACCAUCCCCUUGGCAGCCACGGAGCAUGACGCCAUGCUGGAGAUGUCUGACAUGCAGGUGUGGGCCGCGGGCCUCACACCCUCCCUGGUCACUGCUGAGGACUCCUCUCUGGAGUGCAGCAAGGCCGAGGACUCUGACGCCAUGGGCCACGAGUGGAAGUUGGAGGGGGCGCUCUCGGAGGAUCCGCGGGGGCCCGAGCUGGGCUCUCUGGACCUCGUGGAGGACGACACAGUGGACUCAGAUGCCACAAAUGGCCUUAUCGAUUUGCUUGACCAGGAGGAAGGUCAGAGGUCAGAAGAGAAGCUGCCAGGCUAUGAGAGGCAGGAUGACCCUCCAGGUGCAGGGCAGGACUCAGAGAAUGAAGUGUCUCUUGUUUCAGGCCAGCAGAGGGUGAAAGCCCGAAUCACAGAGUCGCCCCCCCUGAGUCGGGUGGUGGACGGGACCCAGGACAGAUUGCAGGACUGGGAUGAGCGAGGCUCCAUUGUCUCAUACCUGCAAGACGCUGCACAAGAGGAGGCCUCUCGAGGCCCACACUCACUCCAGAGGACCGUCACCAACUCCCAAGAGGUAGAGCCCAGAGGGUCCUGGCAAUACGAAGAGGUCCUGGUGUCCAGUGGCGAACCCGUGCGGGCCGAGCAGCCAUGGGCCCAGAGCCCCUGGGUGGCACAGGAGAAUGAGCUUCAGAAUAUUCCAGGGGAGCAGGUGACAGAGGAACAGUUCACGGAUGAGCAGGGCAACAUCAUCACCAAGAAGAUCAUUCGCAAGGUUGUCCGGCAGAUAGAGCCACCUGGUGCUGGUGAUGGCCUAGAGCAUGAGGUGGUGAUUGUGCAGGGCCCCCCAGAGAACCCCAGAGAGCUGGAGGCCGAUGUUGAUUACUUUAUGAAACAUGACAAGGACCACACCUCGACACCCAACCCCUGAACUCCACACACUCUGCCAUGGACACUGAGGAGAGCUGGACCCAAGGGUGACGGACGCGGGGCACCUGCUCCUCUAGGCUGCGGCAUGAUCUCCGUAAGGGACGUCCUCCUGUCCCCUGUCCGCAUGAGCGGCUGACUGUACACGCAUGACCUACAGCCUUCCAUCCCGCCUCUAGCAACAACAUGGGCUCUCUGUCGGGAACCAGGACAGAAGCGGCACGGAGGGGAGCGAGGACAGCGCUCGAGGGAGCGUGGGGAUGCAGAAGUGAAUAAUAAGGGCUUUUUUAUGGCUGGGGAUGGUUUUGGGUUUGUUUUGUUCUUAAAUCGUUUUAAUUUUGACUUCGUACAGGGUACUGUUUUUUCAACCUCAUCUGUCAGAAACCCAUGUAGGCUUCCUGGAAAGAAAAGCAAAAUGAAAACUAAGCAUGAAAUCAGUUUGGAGGCAUCCACACCUUCAUCGCCUGCCCGCAUCCACCAGCCUCCCCCUCCCCACACAGUCAUUCUGUUUGUGACAGUCCCUCCACUACCGGGUGGAUGCUUUUCCUAGAACGCCCUAUAUGACAUUCAGGACACGCACACCCAUGCAGACCCUCUCCCCUCUGCUCAGUAUACACACAGAUUUUACUGUGACACCCGAAGCUGUAUAGCAUCUUUGUGUGGAUAAACUAGAAUUUUUUUUUUUAUGUUGUCUCUACCAAUUUCAGUAUUAAUCAUCUUCCAAUGGAAAAUCAUUAUGUUCAGAGUGCAUUUGGGGUUCCUUGUGUUAGGGACGUAGGAAUGUGAGGUGAGGACCCCCAGACUUGCUUUAGGGCUAGAGGGAGCCAGUGGCACGCCUGGAAGGGUCCUCUCACUCAGGCGGCACAGGCAGCAGCGUCCCAGGAUUGCACCAGCAUGUUCACUAGAAAUGAGGUUUUCUAUACCUUCAAGCACUAUAUCAUAGUCCGUGUUCAACGUGUAAACUGUACAGUAAUCAGCCUUGUGUAUAUGAAAACAAUAACUACUAUGCAAACCAGUAGAACACUUUAGCAGUAUGUACAAAGCACUGAGAGCCCCGCUCCUGAGGUCCUCUCCAGGCUGCAGGAGCGGGAGCUCCGCCUGUCUCAGUGAAAGAGGAAAGGAGUAGGGCCAGGAAGUGCACCUGCCAGCUCCUAGAAGUCAGGGCCACCCCAGAGCCUCCCAGACCGAACUUGGUGCUCUAAGUCCAGGCAGCCCGCAGGCUGGGGGGCCUGGGUACAGGCACAAGGCUCCAGGCUGGACAGCCUCCCUGCCUGUGCUGUGAUCAAGCCCCCAGUUGCUUGGAGAGGCAAGCAAGGGGACCAUCCUGACUGAGCACCUGGUGGGAGCAGAGCUGAGGAGGACACCUGCUGACCACCCAGAGACCCUCCUGGGCCAGGCUCUGGGUCCAGGCAGGAAGGAAGCGGACAGCUGGCCGCGCUUCGCCUCGGUGCCAUCAGGAAAGAGCCUUACAGUCCCACUAGCGCCUCCUUCGGGGAGGCCCAAUCAGCACAAUCGUCCCGCUGGGCGCCUCUGGGGCCAGGAGAGAAGCGGGCAGGCUCUUCCGGCUCCCAGAGCCACCGGGGUGGAUGGCUGCCACUUUCGGCCCCGCCGCUCUUUGGAGGUGUCCUCUGGACACAUUCACACCUUCCAAGUAGCACAGAAGCCCCCUCCCUGCCUGAGGCCAGACAUUCUGCCCUGGGGCCAUCCCUGACCUGCAGGUGGGGCGGGGCUGACUCUUGCCUUCCCUGCGGGGUGCAGGGGACAGCAGGUCCUGACUCGGGCCUCCGUGGCCCCUCUGCCUCCUCAUGUCCUCUGGAGCAGAGGGGCC